UAUAAAUGUAUAUGCUUUAUUAUUAUUAUUUGUUUAUUUCUUUAUUGUAAAAUGACAACUAUUAUACACCAUUAUGAACCCGGGGACAAACAACGUAUUUGUCCUCAAGAAACAAUUAUUACUGAUGAUGUUACAGGUGAGACUCAACGCAUACUUCGAGGAGCAUCUACUACACAUCAAGGCUCUUUAUCAGGCCAAUCUCAAAGAGCCGAGCUACUUAAUGAUAGAGCCUCUACUAUCAGCAACAUUCAAUCCAUGCGUGAUGGCAAGCUUCCAAACAAUGAGCAAAUCAACAAUGCAAUUGAUCAACUCUUAAAUAGCCGUGUUAUAGAAAAUAAUAAGAAGUCAAUGUCUGAUGAUGGACAAAUACUUCUAAAAGAUUUUCAAGAGCUGUUGGUUAUUCUUCAGAAGGCUUUACAAGAGAAAAAUCGAGAUGAAUUAUUUCAGUCCAUGAUUUAUCAUGUACGUAAGUCUGAAGAAUCAAUCAAGGUUGAUAAAAACAAAUUACGCAAAGACCAACAAGACAUUCAAGGCGAGACUCAACUUGGUGGACAAGCCAUCUUGAAAAUUGCCAAAAUGUUCUUGUUUAAUUCUCAAUUUAGAGAUUUGCUUACGCAAAUCUUGACUAUCGCUCAGCAGACUAUGGGUGGGGCUGCUCAGGCUGGUGGACAAAUGAUUAGUGAUAAGAUGGGAUCCUUAUCUGGAGUUCAUCAAAAUUCCAGCAAAUCGAAGGAAUCAUCUCAGGAUAAAGAUGUUAACAACAGAGAUUCCAAUUCUCGUCAACAUGUUUCUUACGAUCAAGAUAAUAAUAGCAAAGAUAAAUCGCAUAACGUUCCUUAUGCUGCUUUAGGUGGUGCCACUGUUGGCUCUGGUGCUGCGUAUCUUGCUACGAAUUAUAAUCGUAAUACUUCAAAUCAAUAUAGUAAUAACUUGCCUAACAAGCAUCGUGACUUUUUGGCACAUCGUUUUAUUGAUCCUGAAUCUGCUGCUACAGAUGAUUCUGGUAAUGCACUUCAAGAUGAACAAAACCAGCAGAGCUCUCUUGAUAAUGAAAGGCUAAAUACGAACACUCGUCGUAUUCCAGGAGACUAUGAUCAAAAAGAACUAAAUACUGGCUCUACUCGGGAUAUUUACGGUGAAAGAUUACAUCAUGGUGCCAUUCUUCGCUCUGAUUAUGGCAUUAAUGAUAAUCGAGUUCGUAAAUUGGUCCGUCAACAUAAUGAAAACACUUCUUCUCCUGAUAGUGAUAAUGGCUUUAUUACUGAUAUUACUGAUUUUCAACCUACGGAUGAAAAUGGAAAUCCGGCACCCGCUGCUUCAGCUAAUAUGCUCUCAGUUCUUCCAACUGCCUCUUCCAAUAGAGUUGAUAGUCAGUCUUAUCCUCAACGAACGAUAGCCGAUCAAGCCUUCUUAACAAACACUUCCCUUGUUCAUCCUACUCGUGGAAGUACUAACGCUCACAUUAGAGCCCCUCAUGACUCAAUUGAUCCUCAUGAACGUUCUACUGGUAAUUACCUAUCUACAAAAUCAACUGGAGCUGAAGUUAAUCCUUAUUAUCGUAAGGCCUCUCCAUCUCUGCCAACAGACACUACUAAUCAAAGAAAUAACAUCAACAAUAAUCAAAGUGUUACUGGUGAUGCCUCUGGUACUGGUGGCUUCCAAUAUGGGCAGUUCUAUGGUGGACAAACAGGACUCUCCUCCUUCUCCUCCUCUCAACCUGCCUAUUCUCAGAAUCAACCUUCUGGUACUGGGUAUGAUGGAUCUACUCUUAUCAACCCUACAGAAGAACAUGCAUCUCUGCGUCCUGGUUCUCAUGUCGAUACCGGCACAGGCUACGAUCGUGUUCAAUCCAAGCAUUCUAUUCCAGCUGAACAAAUUAAUAGAUAUUUGGAUGAUGCUGAUAACUAUCAAGAAGGUCAAAAUGCAAAAGACCAAGUCAAAAGACAUGCUCAUGAAUAUAACGGUGAACAUGUCAUAGACCGUAUUGGAAAUCAACAGACUCAGUUGCAACAACAACAACAAUCUUCUUUCUCGUAUCAAACUUUACAUAAUGUAUGCGCUGGAUCUAUUCAUAGCUCUAAUACUGCUGAACAGCAUAUCUCGUUACUUCCUGGUAUGCAUGUUAGUACAGCUAAUUAUGAUCGAAUUCAAUCCAAGCAUUCAGUCCCUGCAGAAGAAAUUAAUAAAUACUUGAAUAAUCCUAGUAAUUUCCAAGGUCAAGGUUCAAAUAACCAAGUCCUGAGACAUGCUCAUGAAUUCAAGGGUGAACAUGUUAUGGAUCGACUUAAAACGACCACUGCUCCUGGGGGUGGCUUAGUUACUAAGCAAAAACAACAAAGUCAAGCAUUUGUAGCAAAUACUGCUGGACUUGAAAGUCAACAUCUUGGUACAUCAGCCGGCAAACUUUCUCGUGGUUUGAAUGUACACUCUGCAGGCUUAAUGGGACUUGCUGGUACUUUUGGCGCUAUUGAUACUGCUGAUACUGCUGAUACUGCUGGUGCUGCUGGUACUGCUGGUACUGCUGGUGCUGCUGGUGCUGCUGGUGCUGCUGGUGUUACUAAUACUACAAGUACUACUGAUACUGAUAAUAUGAUUAAUACUGCCAGUACUACUAAUACUAAUGGCACUAAUGAUGCUGCUCAUUCUGCUCAUUCUGCUCAUGCUACUCGUGUUGCUGGUAUUGCUGGUAUUGCUGGUGCUGCUGGUGCUGCUGGUGGUGGUGCUGCUGCUGCUGGUGGUACUAAUAUAGAUACAGGUCUCUCUAAAAUUCAUAAUGAUAACCAAAGACAACAAAAGACUGACUCUGAUGAUAAAAAUGCUUCUAAUGAAUACACGCAAUCAAAUGAUCAAUCAUCCAAGAAAGACACAUCUAUUUCAGCAAACAAGAUUGUAAAUAAGUUAAAGCCUCAAACGAAAAGCAAUGAAACCGAUACUGAAUCAUCAUCUCAGCAACAAGAGACUUCAGCUGAAGAGAUUAUUACUAAAUUAAAAGAAAUCUUGACAACAGUCCAAAAAAAUCCAGAAUAUCAACAGUCUAUUCAAACAAUUAUCUCUCUUUUCGGUUUUUGGAGUAAUCGUCUUUCGUCAAAUCAAAGUAUGGAUCGUCGCAAGUCGUCUGCUGUUGAACUUUCUGAAAGAGGCGAGUAUUAUAAGAAUGUAGCCUCUUAUGAAGCCAAGACAAUCAUUGAAGACUGGGCUCAAGGAAAAUCUAUGGAUCCUAUUAUCCAAAAGUCUUCUACUCUGUAUAACAAGUUAAAGACUGAUGAUGAUCUUCGUAGUCUUUACAAUGAAAUAACAAGUUACGUUAAGCGUUUAUUAAAAGAUCCCGGAUAUGUCUCUAGCGAUGAAUCUACUGAAGAUGGCAAAAGACUUGUCAAACAAUCUCGCCAAUCUUCACUUGAAAAGUAUAGAUCUGACAUGAAUGGACUAAUUCAAGAAACCUCUGAUAUUAUCAAGGCUAUAUCGGAUGAUGAAAUUUCCAAAGAUAUCUCUAAAAAAGUAAAGUCAAUUCACCAACACUUGUGGUAUGAUAGCAAUGGUAAUGCCGCAUUCAAGCCCCACUUGUUAAAUGAUAUAAGAAUCACACUUCUUCCUGCUCUUAUUGAGCAAAUCAAAUAUGUGCCUCUUCCUCAGAUCGUUUACAGUGAUAAGCAAUUCGAAAUUGCCGUUGAAAAUAUGGUCUUAGAAGGUGAUACAUUGAUGCCUAAUAUUUUUGAGAUUAAGGCUGAUGAUUAUUUGAGAUUUAGUCCAAAUAUCAGUUUGGAUUAUAUUAAUUCGCAAAGUUUAUAUAUUCAUAUGAAUGGUAUCCAAACUUAUAUGGAUGAUGUUGUUUUCUAUUAUAAACGUAAGAUAGGUUUCCCUCGAUUAUCCGAUUACGGUGUAAUAUCUUUAAAGACCGGUGGCUCAGGCUUAAAUAUUAGUAUGAAAAUCGGAAGCGAUUCUAUUGAUCAAGCUCACACGUUCCGAAUUGAUCAGUGCCACUGUACAAUUGAUAAGCUAAACAUUAAAGUUAUGAAUUGUAAACAUGACAUCCUGUAUAAGGUAUUCAAUCCUAUGUUAACUAGUAUAAUUAAACGCCAGGUCAGUAAGGCUAUUGAAGAAAAAAUUGUCACCUUAUUUCAAAAAAGUGAUGAGAAAAUUACCAAACGCUUAUGGGAUAAGCAACAUAUUAAUGAAACUGGAACAACAAGGAAUUAUAAAAGACCUGGUUUCUUUUCUCAUUUAAUUACAGUCUUGAAUCAAAAAGUCGCAAAUAUUUAACUAUGCAUUUGUUUAUUUUAUAUAAAAAAUUAGUUUAUUUAAUAAAUUAAUAUAUUAUUA